UACAACCGUUGUAUAGGUGUAUCAAUGAUCAGUACGAAAUCAUGAACGAGUAGAACGCGUCAUAAACGUAGUGUUUUUUUAACAAAAAUAUCAGUAAAUACGUGCGAAUUAAAUACUCAUUAAUGACGUUUUUAAAGUAGUGUACGUCCAUUGUGAAUCCUAAUGAGGAAAAUGGUUGGGCCGGAUUAUUCGCUGGAACUGUGUAAUAUUUUCCAUUCAGGGCAGGUGGAACCAGCAUCGUGUUUUCAAACAUUAUUUGGCACCAUUCAGACCGGACUCAUACUUAAAGAUGUAUCCCUUGAGGUCAAAGCAGGCGAAGUACUGGCCGUCUUAGGUUCCAAAGGAAGUGGCAAACGUGCCUUAUUGGAAGUAAUAUCUCGAAGAAGUCAUGGCCCAACUCGUGGUCAAGUUUUGCUCGAUGGAAGCCCCAUGACCGUAAAUUUGUUUCAAAGAACUUGCGGUUAUGUUAGCCAUCAUACCGAGUUGAUACCUACCUUGUCUGUUGAACAAACUAUUCAUUAUGCAGGUUCCCUCGUGAUUGGACCUCAAAUGUCAUCUUAUUUGAGAAAAUCCAGAGUCAGGCAAGUUCUUGCUGACUUGGCGCUGAGUCAGGUAGCACGAUGGAGUAUAUCGAAACUGAACACCAGCGAGUAUAGAAGAGUUGUGAUAGGAACACAACUUAUUAAAGAUCCCAUGUUACUGCUUCUGGAUGAGCCCACCGUUGAUUUAGAUCCUUUAACAACCUACUUGAUUGUAUCAAUGUUAAGUAAUCAUGUAAGAAGGCGGAAUCGUAUAGUUGUGCUGACAAUGGAAAAGCCUCGAUCAGAUGUAUUUCCAUUUCUGGAUCGUGUUACGUAUCUUUGCCUAGGCGAUGUUGUAUACACGGGUCCUACCCGAUUAAUGUUGGAAUACUUCAAAGCGAUUGGUUUCCCGUGUCCUCAGCUAGAAAAUCCUCUAAUGUAUUAUUUAUGCCUAUCAACCGUUGAUAGAAGGUCGAGAGAAAGAUUUAUCGAAUCCAAUACACAAAUUGUUGCUUUGGUUGAGAAAUUCAAAAUGGAAGGAGGACCGUACAGAAAAUCUUCAGCUUCAGCCACGAGCCAUUUGUUGCUGGGAUCACCAGAACAUAAUUCCUCCAUGUCUCACAAAAUACCUUACUCUACAUUCAAUAAACCGGGAACGUUCAAAGUUGGAUUUGCCUUAUACCAACGUUUGUUUGCUUCAACUUUUUGUUUCAAUUAUCGAUCGGUUUGCCAAAUUUUCAUGAGAUUGUUUACUUUGCCCUUAUUUUUUACGUUGGUGUGGUUUUUCUUUAGAAAUAUGCAGAAUUACCAGUGGACUUUUUUUUCUCGCAAUGGAUUGCUGUUCACGUGCUUAAUGGGUACCUACGUGAUCUCCAUUAUUAAUACUGCUUACACUUUUGCGGUCUAUCGAAAUUCAUAUUACGAAGAAUCCAGACAAGGAAUUUAUUCUGGGCCAUUAUUUUUAUUUACUUAUUGGUUGUUUUCAAUACCAUUUUCCAUUAUUUCGACAGUUUUAGCUUCAUACGUUGUUUUCCAAAUAACCAAUCUGCGAAGCUUGAAUGAUUUUUAUACAUUUACUGCAAUAUUGUGGGGAUGUUAUUUACUAGCCGAGCAACAGACUAUGGCUCUCAUGAUGGUAAUUAAAAGCGCAUUUAUAACGAUCAUCACUAGUCUGUAUCUCUCCAUAAUGAUGUUAAUUCUUGGAACCGGAGCAUUAAGAUCAUUCUCAAGCAUAUCCGAAUGGUUGAUUUACUUCAGCUACGUAUGUCAGACACGCUACGCUAGCGCAUUUCUGAAUAGACAAAUGUUUGGCGAAGGAAGACUCUACAAUUUGCCUCAAGAGAAUGGUUUAAGCUGUUCGAUAACAGGAUUUAGUUCUGAACAAUUCGUCUGCCGAUACUUGGACGGUGGAGUUUAUUUGGCGGAACGCUAUAAUCAAGGAUCGACCGAUUACAGUAUAUCUGAAAUUUUAGAUUCGAAUUUCAAUUUAAUCGUCACUUUCGUAUUUCCUGUUUCGGCUGCUGUUAUGAAUUGUCUGCUUUACUUGAUUCCGUUGCCUGCUUUUAUUAAAGCCAAAUUUAGAGAUUAAGUUUUUGUGUAAAUUUUUACGCGUAAGUAUUUUUUUUACGUUGAGUGAUUUUAGAACUUUGUUUACGAAAUAAAUUUUUUAAAAUAAUCUA